UCCAUCACAAUAUUAUCCCACAAGUUUCAUGUGUUAAUACAUGAUGGCUUAUUCAUCUAAGGAAGAACUUAAUGGAUAUAGACUUGUCAAGGCUGUUACAUCCUGUGGUAGAAAAGUCUUGUACAAGACCUUCCUCUGGGGAACCCAGGAUAAACCUUCUUAUGAUACCCUCAAACAGUACUUGAUAAACUCACAAAAAGGAGAUGAAUUGAGAAAAUUUAACACCACUCAAAAGAUAAUGAUUGAUCAGAAUGCAGAUGGAUCAAAGUUUGAUGUGUCACUACUGUACGUGAGCAUCAAAGUAGCGUGUAAGACUGUAGCUCCAUACAGUGAUCCACUAUGGUUUACUACCAGUACACAGAUGGAGUACUACGUUACUGCUGUUAAGAACAUGAGGAAUGAUUGUUUUCACGGUCAACUUACAAUUGAAGAUAAAGAUUAUCUUGAAAAUAUGAGGAAACUCCGGGAGUUGUUAACUCGUUGUCUUGAGACAUCUGGAGACAGGUAUGGGAGAGACGAUGCUGAAGUGAAGCAGGAGAUCCAGGAGAUGAAUGAUGUCCUGGACAACAUCAUGAAGGAAAUUCUUGGAACGAAAGAUAUACUAACAUCUUGUGGUGAUGAAAUUAAAAAUUUUAUGAUUAAUGACAGUUGUAACAAACUUAAGGAGAUUUUCCAGAGCAUCACCUAUGUCAGUCCAGUGUCUUUUAUCACUAGUAACUUGAAACUUAAAGUAGCCGAUAUCUUUGUAGAUAUUGAGAUCAAACAUGGACAACGUGGAGAUCAAGGUCAACAUAUAAGUUAUCAACACCUUCUUAAACUUGUUCAAACUACAUCAGUACCAUCACAACAACAAGGUACAUCUACUCAACAACAAGGUACAUCUACUCAACAAGGUACAUCUACUCAACAACAAGGUACAUCUACUCAACAACAAGGUACAUCUACUCAACAACAAGGUACAUCUACUCAACAACAAGGUACAUCUACUCAACAACAAGGUACUACUCAACAAGGUACAUCUACUCAACAACAAGGUACAUCUACUCAACAACAAGGUACAUCUACUCAACAACAAGGUACUACUCAACAAGGUACAUCUACUCAACAAGGUACAUCUACUCAACAACAAGGUACAUCUACUCAACAACAAGGUACAUCUACUCAACAACAAGGUACAUCUACUCGCCCACAUAUAAUACUGCUGGAAGGUGUGGCUGGUAGUGGCAAGACAACUCUAGUAAAGUUAAUAUUAGAUGAAUGGACUCAGGGAGGUCAAGGUAAUAUUAGUGGCUUAGAUAAUUACGAGCUUCUACUGUGGGUACAGUGCCGGGACCCAACAAUGACCUGCUACCAGCAACUCCUGGACAGACUGAUGCCAGAAACAGCCAUAAAAUUCAAGGAAAUUCUUCCGAAACUGAUGAAGCUUUGCAAGAUCUUAAUUAUAAUUGACGGCCUUGAUGAAGACAAUGAAAGUUCUAGAAGACUUGUCCAGAGUCUAUUGCAUGAAUUUAAGUACUGUUCUAAUAUUGCUUUUCUGUGCACUUCACGACCAGAAAAAGUUGAGAACUUUAGGAAAACAAUCCCUGCAGAGUAUACUGUGCAACAUGCAACACUGCAUGGUAUAUCUAGGGAAAAUUUAGAACAAUUCGUGAGACUGAACCACCAACAAAUAAUGGUACAAACAGGGAAUAACAGAAAUACUGAAGAACUGAUAAGAAACGUGAUCAAGUUAAAAGGACUUCAUGAACACUUAAAACUACCAAUGAAUUUGAUUCUUAUGAUAUACAUCUGGGACCAAGACCCUGACCAGCUAAACUUAACAUCUGUCACUCACACAGAGCUAUUUUAUAAUAUUCAUCAACUGUGUAAACAAAAGUUAACAGAGAGACUGACCAACCAUCAAGGUAUAAACAAUAUGGAUUUAUCUGACAAUUUAAACAUAAUAUUGAUGGAUAUAUACAAGACAGCGCUCGAAAGUCUUUCACGUGAUCAGUUAGACCUUGAAGUAAACACUUUAAACAAUCUUAAAAGAAAAUGUGAUCAACUGUGCUUACCUUAUAAAGAAGUGUUGUCAGCGUUCCUUUGUUUAAGACCAACAUGGACGAUGCUGGGGAUCAAGGAGCAGUACUCAGCUCCUCACAAGGGAAUACAAGACUACUUCGCUGCUCUCUAUAUUGUCAACAAUCUUAAUAACCCACAGUGUUCUACACCUACACCUGCCUCAGCUACACCUGCCUCUGCCACACCUGUCAGUAUCAGGGGAGUGUUGGAAGAGAGCAUCAGGUCAGGUGUGGAAGACAUGAACAAGUACCAGAAUGUUCUGAUACAUGUGGCUGGGCUGCUGCACCUGGUACUAGACCAGGUACCCGAGACAUCUGUACUGGAAGUGGUUCAUCUCCUAAAAGAGUCUGAUAUGAACAACAACAAGUGGCUUGACCUCCUUGACAACACUAAGAUGUCUCCAGUAAUUGUCAAAGAAAUAUCUCUCUGCAUCAAUACUAAAGAAGUAUUUGAGGUACUUGAUGGAUAUGUGAGAAGCUACGCAGCUCUCCUGCCACUCCUCAGCUCCUGCAAGGUGAAGAUUAAUAUAUACGGUGACCCUGGUGACCUGCCUAGCCUGCCUGACCUGCUGGCUGCCCUCACCAACCACCACUGUACACACCUGGCACUGAGGCACCACUACUAUCAAGCUGACGCAACCACCGCUUCUGACGACCAUCUGCAAAGUCUACAGCAUCGGUGAGUUGUUGUUAUUGUUAAUAAUAUUAAUGUAUAUGAUAACAUUAUCCUUAUCUUAACAUUAUUGUUAAUGUUAAUGUCACUGAAUGUAAUAACAUUGUUUUUCUAUUAACAUUUUAGGUGUUAUGAGCAUAUGAGAGGUUUUUACAAAGUAGAAGUGAUGCAAAGAGGGAGGAAUAUAUGGAGAGCAAAAGAGAGGUGAAGAGAGUGGUGAAGCAAUGUAAAAAGAGAGCCAGUGAGAAAGUGGGUGAGAUGUUAUCAGUAAAUUUUGUUGAAAAUAAGAAAAAAAUUUGGAGUGAGAUUAAUAAGCUGAGGAAGCCUAGGGAAAGAAUGGGUUUGUUAGUUAAAAGCAGGAGAGGAGAGUUAUUAAAUGGAGAGUUAGAGGUAUCGGGAAGAUGGAGGGAAUAUUUUGAGAAAUUGUUAAAUGUUGAUGAAGAUAGGGAAGCUGUGAUUUCGUGUAUAGGACAAGGAGGAACAACAUCUUGUAGGAGUGAGGAAGAGCCAGUUGUGAGUGUGGGGGAAGUUCGUGAGGCAGUAGGUAAAAUGAAAGGGGGUAAGGCAGCCGGGAUUGAUGGGAUAAAGAUAGAAAUGUUAAAAGCAGGUGGGGAUAU